AUGUAUGUCUACCACCCGCCAGGUAAUCUGUCUCUGGGUUCGUGGGAUCAAUUUGAUAACGGUGAACCACUUAAACAUUCUACAAGUCCCGGCAAAAAGGAUACCCAUCUUGCUGAGUUCUCCGAUGUUCCGCCGUUGCUGGUCGAUAGUCGUCCAACGGCAGUGAAGCAAACUGUUCCGCUGUUGGCGCUGAAAUCUCCGUGUGGCCCACCCCCACAGCCUCCUCCCCGUCCUCAACAAAGAGGGCAUACCCGAAGUGCAAAUCGGCGGCCUUCUGACUCAACAACUGUAGCUACAGAUUACUCGACUGGUUUAUCCAUCUCCGCUUCGAUUCCCACGGCGCCUCCUCCACCAGUUCCGCAACGAGUUUCUCCUCCUGCACCUAUUCCUCGAAAAAGCAGUACUGCGGAAGCUCAAACAGAAGGGCGCUACGUGGACGAGAAGGAUGUAGAGCAGUUUAUUGCUCAGUUCGAUACACAAAUAGCUGACCUCCUUGGAGAGGAAGAAGAUGCAACACUUGGGAAAGGAGUGGAGCGUUGGGCUCGAAGAUGUGAAGGUCUUCGUGCACAGAAUGCUGAGCUUGAAGCUGAAAGGGCUCGAAUGGCUCAGGUUAGAAUCCAACUAGAAUUACGCCUUCAAGAAAUGGGAGAGGGGAGCUGUAAGGGGCACAAACCCACAUCACUCUGA